CUCCUUAUAUCUCAUGUGAGCUGUGGUUCAGUCGCACUCUAUUCGCCAUUAUUUGUGAUUUCCGCUGACUCUCUGUGCCAUCGAUUGCAUCAACAUUUAAUACGAAAUCAUUUGUCGGUUGUAUUCCUCAGCGGUUACACGAUUGCCAUCACCUUGAAGUCGCAAAUAUUAUUUAACGCGUGUGAAGUGCCAUUGAAGGGACAGUCGUGUCGAAGUAUACAUUGUAUUCAAGUGUUUUGCUGUGCGAUCGCAUUCACACGUCAUUCCCAUAGCAUAGCAUUGAUCGCAUUGUUUGCGUAGAGAUCUGCAAACUUUAUCCCAAACUUUGCUUAACUGUGAUAUCAGUACAAGAAGUAGAUCCUCAACACUGAUGGCUCUAUUGGGCGAUUCGGUGGACAUAUCGGAGGACUCGCGACGGAUAUGCGGCCAACAGAUAGAGGACGACCACAAAGGGAUGGGAAGCGCCGCCAAAAAACGUAAACUAAACGACUGCUCGGCUGAAGACGGCGUCUCCGGGUCGGCGGACACGACACACACUCACACCACGCCUGCCAUCGACAGCGUGACGGUCGAGCACUGGAUGUCUGAGCUGUUGGCCACGUGUCAGCCCCAGAAUGUGAACGACUUGUGUCCCGAAGUGUUUCAGAUAAUCCUCGCGAAGUACCUGAAGGCCAACAAUUGGCGCAAAUUGGUUCCCCUGAGACUCGUGUGUAAGUACUGGCGCUCCAACAUCGACGCAUACCUGGCCUCUCGACACGGCUUUCAAUACACGGGUCGCGUGGCGAAGGGGUCGCCCCCACCGGUCAUGAAUUACUACGAGUUCAACGCAAUGCUCAGCUUUUACCCCAAUAUGAGACAAUUGAUUGUCAAGAACUUCACUGUAAGCGACCAUUUGGUGGCCAUUCUGAGGCAAAAUGUGCCAAAACUGGAGCGAAUCAGUCUCUACGGGUGCCGUAACCUCAGUUGGAAAGGCAUCACAAUACUGGCCGUACGGUUCCCGCAGUUGAAGUUCAUCGACGUCUCCAACUGUGAAUUGGAUGAAAACCGUUUGAGUAUUUUAGUGGAAAACCUGCAGAACCUGAAGAUUAUGAACGCCAUAAACCCGGGCCGAGAGGUGACGGGUCAG